AUGAACUACACAGAUCAACCAAAUCCGGUUGAAGUUUUGAUGAAUCAAUUGACAAACAUUGGAGCAGUCACAGUAACAUUUCUAUCAGUCGUUGCACUUAUUGUCAACUUGUAUUUGUUGAAUGUAAGUCUAACAAAACACAGUUUUUCCCAAGAUUUUAUUUUCCAAUCGUUCGUGAUUUAAUGCCCUUUUUCCAUUUAAAAGGACUUAGAAACGGAUUUUCAGAAUAAAUAAAUGAAAAAGACCGUUAAAUAGAAUUGACAAUGAGAUUGAAAUUUGAAGUGGGAAAAAAAAUCUUUGAUCUCACGUUUUCCUUUCAAAGAAAAAUGGAAAUAAGGGCUUGGGAAAUUUUUUAGGUUGAUUGAGAGAGAAACGUUUUCUUCUGAUUGUAGGGAGUUUAGUUUGGACUUCAGCAACAUUGUGAGAACUAGAAAAUACAUUUAUAGGGUUUCCAGAAAGUUCUAUGUAUAAUUAACUCAGACUUCAAAACUUCAUUUGUCAUUCCAAAAAAGUUCCAAAUUUCGAAAACAAGUUUCUUGCUAGUUCAUAAAAUAUCCCAAGAGAUGCAUUUUACCACUAAAGUACACAACUUUUCAAAAAUAGUAUGACGUGCGUGGAAAACUUGUCAUUUCAAAAAGCACUGUUGCUGCAGAGAAAGAUUUGUCAUAGAAAAUCGCACUGUCUCUAGCAAAAAGCAAAUUACACGAAUCAUAAUUGAAUUUGUAUAUGUAUUUUUGGAGUGCAACACUUUAUAGAAAAUAGUGACGUGGUAAAGUUCAUACUGUAGCUUUUCAGCAUAAUUUAAUAAGAUUUUUGCUAAAAAAUAUGUCAUAGUAGCUUGUGAGGUCCUAAUCAAACUACAUUUACACACAUCAUAUUUCUUCAGUGUUCACGAUAUCUGCGUCGACCAAUCGGAGUGAACCUUCGGUUAUGUGUGACAUUAACUGCAUCAGACGCCUUGUGUGCAAUCUGCUAUAUUCUGACAUAUCUCAUCAACAUCUUUUUCAGUGAUUUCUCGAAUUGCACAUCACUUUUGCUCGAGGUACAACAUAUUUAAUUAGAUAUAUUACAUUGCAGAUCAAAUGUGCAAAAUGUAUUUUGUUGCAGGUUUUCAAGCUGACAACAUUUACUGCAUCAGUUAUCACAUUGCUAGCCCUUGCUCUCAAUCAUUAUGUUGGAAUUGUUUAUCCGUUGCAUCGAAAUGCGAUAACACCAAAAACUGUGAAAUGCACCAUUGCUUUGGCGUAUAUUAUACCACUCACCGCGUAUUUAUUGAUAUUUGUCGUUUUUCCAGGAGGUUUGAUUUUUUGGAUUCAAAAAAAGAAACAAUACAAAUUGGCUUUCAGGUUUACGAACAUCGCCAUUCUCAUUGAUCAAUUCUGAAGGUUGCAAAGGAAAUUUGAUUUACAGUGAGGAAGAGCUUGACUUUCUAAAACAAAUCUGAUUUCUUUCUUUAUAGGAAAUGCGUGGUUCCGAGUGACACUCACAACACCAUUCAUUAUUUUUGUUGGUUUGAUUUCAUUCCUUUAUCUUCAUAUUCUUAUUCAUAUGCGAAAUGUGUCAAGAGAUCCAUUGUUGAAAAAUAACAAAAACAAACGAAGUAAUCGGAAAUUAUUAAUCACUUUGAUGAUGUUAGCUGGAUCGGCAUGUUUAGGUUUGUUUCAUACAUAUUCAUAAACAUUUUCAGAAUAAGAAAAAAAAUGAACAUACAUACAUAGCUAAAUGAAUGCUAAUUAUAGGUUGGUUGCCGACGACUUUGCUGUUUGUUCAACCAUUAUUUCCGAUUAUUAUUCCACCCAUUCCAAGAUUAUGCUUGGGGUAAAACAUUAGUUGAAGAAUCAAAAAUCAAAAUGUUGAUUAAUGUUAUUUUCAGAGUGUUUGCGCAAACCCUUCAUGUAUCAAAAUUGAUUGCUGACGCGUUUAUUUAUGCGAGUCGACUUGUCGAAAUUCGUUAUUCCAUGUGGAUUUUCAAAACCAAAGUGACAAAAUAUUUCACAAGAAAAUUUGACUCAAGUAUGUUUUGACCUUGAAAUCAUUUGAAUUUAAUAAAACCAAUUGAGUUUUUUCCUCUUGUUCAGAUAAUGAUGUGUUUUCGCAAGAUGAUGAAGACAAAACACAGGUGAUGCCACCGGAAUUUUUGAGAUACUUGAGUGAAACAAAAGAAAAUCGAUCAGUUCGAUCGAAGCGGGUGAAAAAUGAAUUUGAUUCCGUUUCAACUGAAAAUAAGAAAAGAUAUGGAUCAGAGAAGCAAAAAAGAGUAACAAGGCUCACUGAAAAUAGGGUAGGCAAUAAAUUGUUUCAUCAAACCGCACAUUUCAAUCUAUUUCUUUCAGCUACAACCUCCAAAUAUUCACCAACCUGUGAAAAAUAUCAAAUCAGUGCCACUGAGCAAACAGAAAUCACUUGAUACUCCGAAAAAAUUAUCAGCUAAUAAUAAUUCGAUAACUAAUAAUAAUAACGAUGAUCAAUGUUGA